GAACAAGCCAAGUGCCUUCACCACCACCGCCGCCACCAGCAGCAGCAGCAGCAUCGCCCCCCUUCAUGUUCUCUCCUCAUCAAUAUGCGCUUCAGCUCCUGAAUGUAAGAGCCUCUCGCACAGUUAGAGACGGCAAAAAGGAAAGCGGAGCCAAUAUUCAUGACAGGGAGGCGAUGUCAGCCCAUAUUUCACAUCUGACUCCAUCCGCAGCUAGCUGCUGACUUUUCCGCGCCUCAGUCUACUUUCUUGUUUUUUGGGGGGGGCAAUCGAUGGAUAUACUCUGGAUUUGAAGAGUGUCCGUCUCGGCUGUUGAUUGCAGGGGGGGUGAGCUCUCUGCUGUUGCUGCCUUCGUGCUUUAUAAUUACAAAAAGGAAAAGGGGGGAUGUUUGCUUUGCACAAGCUUCGUCAAUUUCGCGUCUUGUCCGCAAUGGUUAUCGGUUCGAUUGUGUGUUGCGCAAAAAGCGUCAAUGAACCGGGCAACAUGUCUUUUGUGAAGGAGACGGUGGAUAAACUACUUAAAGGAUACGACAUCCGACUGAGGCCGGACUUUGGAGGGCCCCCUGUCGCUGUUGGCAUGAGCAUAGACGUGGCCAGCAUAGACAUGGUGUCAGAAGUCAACAUGGACUACACAUUGACUAUGUAUUUCCAGCAGUAUUGGAGGGACAAGCGCCUGGCCUAUGUGGGAAUCCCUCUCAACCUGACACUUGACAACAGGGUUGCUGACCAGCUCUGGGUCCCUGACACCUACUUUCUCAAUGACAAGAAGUCUUUCGUCCAUGGAGUCACAGUCAAAAAUCGCAUGAUCCGCCUGCAUCCAGAUGGGACUGUCCUCUAUGGACUCAGGAUAACUACAACAGCAGCAUGUAUGAUGGAUCUCAGGAGGUAUCCUCUGGAUGAACAGAACUGCACUCUGGAGAUAGAGAGCUAUGGCUACACCACAGACGACAUCGAGUUCUACUGGAAGGGAGGCGAGUCGGCUGUGACGGGGGUGACACGGAUUGAGCUGCCUCAGUUCUCCAUUGUCGAUUACAAGCUGGUGUCCAAGAACGUAGUCUUUUCCACAGGUGCCUACCCUCGACUGUCUCUGAGCUUCAAGCUGAAGAGGAACAUCGGCUACUUUAUUUUGCAGACGUACAUGCCAUCAAUCCUAAUUACCAUCCUCUCCUGGGUGUCCUUCUGGAUAAACUAUGAUGCGUCAGCAGCCAGAGUGGCUCUAGGGAUCACCACUGUGCUAACCAUGACCACUAUCAACACCCAUUUGAGGGAGACACUCCCAAAGAUCCCCUACGUUAAGGCUAUCGACAUGUACCUGAUGGGCUGCUUCGUCAUGGUCUUUCUGGCCCUGCUUGAGUAUGCCUUCGUCAACUACAUCUUCUUCGGGAGGGGCCCACAAAUGCAAAAGAAACUGGCAGAGAAGGCAGAAAAGGCCAACAACGAGAGGGCGGCUAAGUACGACGCGGCAAGGGAGGCAGGUAGUAGGACCGCGUCCCUAAAACGGUCCAAUCAGGUUAAAGGUCUUCGCCACUCACGCUCGGCAGAGCCACAUGGUCAUGGGAACAUUCUGCUGACCACCCUGGAAAUCCAUAAUGAAGUGGCAGGAGGUGAGAUCACCACCAGCGUGGCAGACAUUAGGAACUCUCAGUCCAUGGUGCAGCUGGACAGCACUGCCUCAUCGCACAUCCAGUACCGCAAGCAGAGUGGCGGGAUCGGGCCAUGCUCUGCUAGCCGUCACUCCCUGGACCGCUCCGCUCAGAUGAAACGCAGCCGCCUGCGGAGGCGGUCCUCGCAGUUAAAAAUCAAAAUCCCCGACCUGACGGAUGUAAAUGCCAUCGAUCGCUGGUCACGGAUCAUCUUCCCUUCCGUGUUCUCAAUCUUCAACCUCAUCUACUGGCUCUACUAUGUCUGAUUGGACUGUUUUGUUGAGGUGUUUUAUUCUGUUUGUUUUUUUGUUGGGGUUUUUUGUGACUUUUUUCAUUUCAUUUGUUUUUCUUCCUUUUCUCUGUUGCUUUUAUACAUGAUGGAAUCUGCCACGUUAAAGACUGUAACACAAUAAGACAAAAGUGAAAAAGAGACUGAGAAAAGACUACUGAGUUUUGGACCAAGUUCUCAUUUAAGUUGUUUUUAUAUUUGCAGUCUUUGAACCCUUAGUACCAAGUUCUUUUUAUUUUUGAAAGUAUGUACUGUAAUUGGGAUUUGUGACAGUCAUUUCCCAACACAUUUGCCCUCUCAGUAAUGUGUAAAUAGCAAGAUACAAAGCCAGCAAUUGAAUAAAUAUUACAGUAUUUGCAAAAAAAAGAAACAAAAACCAGUUAAGUUAAAGAUUUUUCUAAUCAAAAAAGUAAGAAAUCUUUAUACUACACAGGUGAUCAGAUAAGUGCAGACAACUCCUAGAAAUCCAUUACCCUAUGCACUAUUAAUGCAUGUAAUGAUCAGCCGUGGUAGAAAAAUAAUGAGUACUUUUUGCCUUGGGUAAUAGCACAACUUCACAGCAACAAACCAAUGUGUGUUUGUUUAUAGCAUUAAUAAUAUACUUCCUACUGAAUACAAUUUAUCAUGCAUUGGGUAAAGGUUUACCAGUUCAAACACAAUAACUUCAAACUCUUAACAUCCACCAGGUCACUGGCAACCCAUUUAGGGGUAGGUUUAGGCUAACAUCUACCCUUUUUUAAAGACUUUAUCACCUACUUGGAACAUCCAGAAAAAAACUGUACGGCCAAAAUGAAUGUACUUCAUUUGAAAGGUAACAUAGUUUCUUCAAAUGUGCCCAUUUCCUAUGUUAAUUAAACAAAACCCUAGUAUUGACCUAGACUGACCACCGAUGACCAGCUGGAGGUUAAGAGUUUAAAGGGGAGGUUUUUGUCCUCUGUUCAGAAUGAUUAUGACUCAGGUUCUGAAUUUUUUGGGUGUCUUUUUCUUAAAAACCAAACAAAAAAAAUGUCGCUGAAAUAACUUUUUUGAUCAUUUGAUGAGGGGAAUAGAAAAUAAUAAGCACAACUAUGACAACUGCCAUUUCUUUCCUCUUCUACCUUCAACCAACAACCUUUCAAGUGAUAGCAUGACAGAAUUGCACUUAAAUUUUUCCAACAUUCUAGAAAAACUGUUUAAGAAAACUGCCAAGGGCCUUUUGGGCGAUACAGUUACUACUUAUCUCAUGAAAUAUUAUGAUAUUUUUGUACUCUGUGUCUUGGAGGUCUUCAUUUGAGUUCCUAACCUAUUCUUGUUUUCUUUUGCGCCAUCUCCGUUGUGGUAAUAGAAUAAAAGACCCAUUUUUUUGUACAUAAGUUCAUAGGUGUGUAUAUACAUAAAUGUGUAUAUGUAUAUAUACAUGUAUAUAUAUAUCUAUAUAUAGUUAUAAGAGGUGGGAUCAAAAAGUUCCAGGGAUAGGCCUCUGAAAAUCAAAACUCUUGCUCAUUUUAAAAUUGGUUCAGUAGACUUUAGUUCAAGGUUAUCUUCUCACGUAUCAUUCACUGUUAACAGUGCAUCUGAUAUUUUUAGGUCACUUAACAGAAGUCCUGUGUUUCUCUGUUGCUCACUGGAUCCACUCAAGUGUCUCAACAUUUCAGAUUGAUUUUCUUUUGCAUAAUCUGGACGAAGCAAAUCUAGCAAACAGAUUUCUCAGAUUUGCAAAUCUAUUUGCAAAUCUGGCAAAUAUUGUGUUGAUGUUGUCAAGAAAACAUGCAUUUUGAAUGCACUUAGUGCUGACACACACCACAGUUUCUGUAGUUUAAUGCUAAAUGUUCUGCAUUGAACCCUUCAAGACAUUACCAUAGAAGUCUGCAUUGACCGGCUGAUCCCUGGACAAAUUCCUGUUGCAAAAACCAGUGAAUUCCAAUAAAAUGUAUGACAGUAGCCCUUCUGUCAUGACUGACAUGCCACCAUGGUGGUUGAAAGCUGUGUACUUCUAUUCAGAACUGCUCACUAGUAAUCAGUUACGCAACUCUCAUCACCAGUGAUGACAAUUCCAAUACUUACUCCACAUUAGCUAUUUCCAUGAAAACCACUGUGUUGGGUAAUUAACAAAUCUACAAGGCAUGUGAGAGGACAGUAUGUCAUCAGUUCUGUAAGACAACAAUCACGCUCAGUCUUGGUACAGGCAACUGUGCAUAGUGUACACCUAAGGACAGAAUUUCAAGGCAUAGCCAGGUGGCAGAAAGCUUCCACUUUGGUGCCCUCAGAAUCUUAUCACUGCUUUUUGGAGAUGAUGUGGUUCCGUUGGUUCUAUGAGGUGUGGGUCUCGCGCUCGCACUGGAGCAGUUUGCCAGUUGAUCUAUGUCCCUACCCUCACCUGUGAUCACAAGCUUGUGGACACAAGUGGCGGGAACGAGCCUACUCUGAACUACUGUGUUAAUGCAGCCAGGGAUAUAACCACCAACCUAAAUUGUGAGUUAGUGGAAGACCUACUCUACAGCCACCCCUAAUUAAAUUGCCCAACUUUAAUAAAUCAAAAACCACAAAUCGGCAGUACAAAAAAGUCUUUUGGUCUCUAUGAUAGUUUGCCACUUCAUCAGCAGCACUAAAUGGGGCUAAUUUUCUUAUAACUCAUCUACCUGGAUAAUUGUUUUGGGCUCAAACCAAUGGUCACAUUGUCUGUCAGUUCUUGUGAUUGGACUCUGUGGGGCCUCAUCUACUUCUUUCAGUCGUUAAAUUGGACUGCUUCACUGUAGUUGUCUUCAACUUAGGACUCUAUCUUUUUAUCCAUUCAUUUCUGGCUCCAGGAACAAACAUGGCAACUGCUAAAACAUUAACAUUAAAGCUCCAUAUUUGACGCCCAUAAACAGUGGUUACAAAAAUGAUCAUAUAUGUGUGUGUGUAUAUGUGAAAAUGACCUUGAACAGUAGAUCAGCCAAAUUAAACUCUGGUAUGGAUUUUGAUUUUUGCGGGAGCCUGUUCCCAGAAGUUUUUGUUCACAUCUCAUAUAUCUCUGCGUGUACAACCCAAAAAUGAAAAUGAUCUUUUUGUGAUUUAACAUAAUUUAGUAGAAAGGAUUAAACUAACAGGUCCGUUUCACGCAUCCGUUUAGUUUUGAGCAUUUGUGGGGCACUCUGAAGACAUUCCUACCCAAUAACUCCACUCAAGACACUGUAUGUAUGUUCAGCUGUGCUGAGUGAUGCAAAUGGAUUUCAUAGAGCCCGAAGAUGGACCAAGAUAACUGAUCUGUCGUGUAAACAAAAGCACAUACUAGUAUUGAAUGUAUCAGAUCCAUUCUUCAGGGAGAGGAUAAUGAGCCAUGAUCAUCAUUUUUCCAUCAGAAUGUAACACCCAUUCCUACAUUGUGAGUGACAAAUAGAAUAGAGUGAGAAAGUAAAAAGAUGGUGCUUUACUAGUGUGUGCAUGUGCAUGUGUGAUGGAAAGUGGAUAUGGAGCCACUGAAAGAGGAAUGGCAUCGGUAGAUCAUUUGUUUUCUUUGCUGCUUGCUCAACUAUGGACAAAUGUCAACAUAUAAUAGUUUUCUGGAUUAAAAAUAGCUGUACUGUCAGACUCUUUUGACAAACUGUGUGCCAUUCCUAAGGUCGCAGAACCAUCAACCAGUUAUAACUUGAUGAUGUACAUUUGAAGCAUUCUUGAUCAAUCGCAGAUACAUGGAAUACAUCCACUAUUUGUGCAUGUACAAGAAUACAUGUAGAAAAAAAAAAGGUUCUUGAUAACCGUGAGUUUGGUGACAGAUUACAAUCAGUCAAAAAAUGUCAAGUUUUCUUUGUACAGGUUGAUAUAUGACUAAGAACUGAAUGUAUUGUACUUGGAUUGUUUCUGCACAAUUGCAGUUUGCUUACUGGGAAAAGGAUUGACCUCAAUCCUGAUUAAUAUAGAGCUCUUGUGACCCCAGAUCACAUUUUCUGAUGUGUAUACAGGCCUGGAGGCAAAUAAGACCUGUGUGCAAGAAAGAAAUGGCAGCGAAAUAAUACAUAAGUCUGUUUAGGCAUGAAGUUAAGGAAAGUGUACGCUUUAACGCAACCUAACAAGCAUCUACCCCUACAAAGUAGCUCCAGAGAUGACCUGAAACAGACAUUCUGCUUCCCAUUAUAAUAAUAACAACAAUAAUAAUCCUAUUAUACUAAAAUUAUCUGCAGUUCAGCCAGAAGCACAACAGAGGGUGUGUGUAAGAUGGUCCCCAAUAGGAAUUGUAAUUAAUAGCGCUAAAUGGUUUUAAUAGUCGCAUAUGCUUAUGCUUCAAGAGAAAUAAGCCCAGAUAUUUAUCUAUUACAUUUUGAAAAUACAGUAUCUGUAAUAUUUUGCUGAAAUCUGUGAAAAAAAAUUAAAAAUGGAAAUAUUAUGCUUUUGCCAUAAGCCAGUCAAAAAGAACAAACAAAAUUUACACUUUUGGGCCCUGUUCAUUCUGGACCAUUACCCGAUCGUAAUAUAAAUCCAGCUAGCAGAAGCUUAUAAAUAUAUUAGAAGUUCUAUGGUAACUCUGUGAAGUAGUUCAUCUGGUACUGGACAUGCCUUCCCCUUGAAGGCGAAAUCUUUCCAAAAAACUUUACCAGACGCUGUGUUACCAGCACAAAUGGAGACUACAAAAUAUUUUUGAAAAUCCAGAAAAUAUUACACCAUCAAGUGAUUUACAGUAAUGUGGAAACAAUUUUAUUUCACUCAGACACAAAUUUGUCUCCAUAUCAUCAUCGUGAAAUUGACUAGACUUUGUAUGUAAUUGCGCUACAUGUUGCUUUGCGAUGAACACACAGUAAAAGAAAAUGUCUUUGACUUUGGUCUUGGUCACAGAGCAUUGUUUGGGGAUAUCUUGCAUUAAUGCAAAAAAGUAAUGAAACCAGUCCAAAGAGGAUUCAAACUGCUUUGUGUAGUUUGAAGGACAAUAUUUGUACCCAUAUAAUGUUGAUGAAGCUUCAGUCUAGUGUAAAUAAGACUGAACACGGAAGCUAAAGAAAAAAUCUGUUACAACAAGAGUCUAAAAAGAUCUUCCUGGCUAACUGGUUUGCUUUGAAUGACUUUUGGAUCAUGUGCUGGCAUUUACAACUGGUCAGUGUGUGAGUCAUUUUUUUUAAAUUACUGAACUACAAAGUGCAGUUUAAGAGUAAAAGAAGGCAAGUGUUAUAAACUCUAGAUACCUGUUUAUCAUGCAUGCAACUACAAUUCGUAACUUUGGAGAAUUAAAAAGAAAAAAAAAAGAUUUAUUGCAAACUCAUUUAUAAGAGCUGUCAGCUGCUCAUUUUAGAAAUGACACAAUGCCAUGUGAGCCUACAUCUAAAAAAUAAAUAAAUAUUAAAAAAUAAAAUAAAAAAAUUUAAAAAAAAGUCAUUGAAUACUUCAGGUGUUGUAUGGCCUUGGUCCCAUAAUGGAAUGUGAAAUGUUCUGUGCUGCCACAAAAUGUAUUUAGGCUUAGAUUUAUACUGUAUAUCUCUGUAUGUUUCUCUUCCUUUUUCGGUAGAUUUCCAUGUUAAAACAUCAAAUAAAUGAUAUACAUUGUA